CGCCCACCAAAUCACCCCCAGCACCAAAAUGCCGCGCGUCCCAACCACCCGCGAAGUCAUACCAGGGGCAUCCGUCAACAUCAUUCUAAAGGCUGAUCAACCGACCGGACGCACCGUGUCCGGAUGUAUCGCGGAUGUGCUCACGCGCGGGAACCACCCGCGGGGCAUCAAAGUGCGUCUGACCGACGGCCGGGUGGGAAGGGUGCAGUCUAUGCGGAAGGAGGGCGAUCCGUCGUCGUCCUCCGUAUCCAGUGCUUUACCGGCUGAGGGGCCGCGAACGAGGACCACCGCGCACGGGGCGGGGGCGGAGCAGCCCCCGCAGAAUAUCGGGCUGGACGCGUACAUCACCCCUGCGCGACCGCGGCAGAAUCGUCGCGGGGGACGUUUGAAUGUAUCCGGGGAGGCGCCCCGGGAGAGUGAGGUGGCGACUUGCCCGGUUUGCGGCGCGUUCGAGGGCGACGAGGCUGCUGUUGCGUAUCAUGUUGCGGGGCAUUUUGCUGAUUGAGCUGUUGGUGCUGGUGCUGGUGCCGGGUGGUCGGUUUGGUUGCUUGUGCUGAGUUUAUGCGUGCUUUGGCUGUGCAUGGCUUGGUGCUGUCUUGGUGAGGUUCGGUGUACAGUACCCCCGGUUAUCGCGUUAGUCGGUUAAGCUCUAGCUCGAUGAAGUCUGCUUUGAGCUAGCAGGAAUGCGACUGGUCAUAGGUCGCCAUCCGGGCUCUGCAUUUCCUGCUAGCGGCGACGAGGAAGGAGGAGCGAAGGAUCUGGGCUCUCACAGCAGUAGCUAAUGGUAUCAGCUGAGGAGCAAGUCCUUGUCCUGGGCAUUCAUCAGUCAGCGAUGAUGGAAUCGGGACGCAGGGAGGCAUCAAGAAAGCGGACCUCCUUUGCAGCAUGGCUCUGAUUCACGAGUAUAGCAUCAAUCAGCCGCAAUCCAAGCUCAACACAAACCUGGAAGCCACUUGAACCACGCAGGGAUCACCAUACACCGA